AUCUGCGCUGUCACUUUAUCUCUGUUUCUUAUUCAUACACAAGUUCCAAGACAAGGCCAGUCGAUGCAAACCGAGAAACGAGAGCUCCUGGUGUCCACAGAGAUCCCAGCAGAGCACAUCGACCCUGCUUCCAUAGAUCUUACUGGACUCGUCAACACACUCAUCAACGCUUCACAACCAGGUUCCCAGCAUCUUUUCUCGUUACUCAGUGUGACGUCUCACAGUUCCCUCUCUCUCCAAAAGCUCACGCUUCUGGUCUACAACAUCUCAAACGUACAGGAGAUUGAGAGCAGUUUAUUUUCAUUGAGAUACUGUUACUGUCUGACAAACAGGACCAAUGACCUAACAGAUUUCACUGCUAUUCUGCUGGAUGUGAUGGGAAAUUCCACCAGUUACCUGCAAGAACUAUUUAAAUCCAGCUCCAUCCUCUCAGUCAGUCAGAAGAACAGCUCUGACUGCAUCUAUAUCUGUGUCAUGGCUGGAAAGACAGACAGUGAUCUGUCAAAGCUGUGGGAGAUGGACUCUGUUACACCUCUGUUUAAUCAGACCAUCACAGAGGAAAUCGCCAGAGGUAAUAUGACAUUUCCACUCCUGCCCUUUGUGUGGCAUGACCUUUCAAACAACAGUGAUUUGGUGCAAUGGCCUAAAACUAGUACAGACUCCCACAGGACUGCCAGUACAGAUGCCCACAGGAGCACAGGUAUCUUAACUACAAGUUUUAGGCUUAUCUGA